UCUCUCUCUCUCUCUCUCUCUCUCUCUCUCUCUCUCUCUCUCGUCUUAUGUCUCUGGUCUCUGUUUCUGUCAGAAACCAUAUUCUUUUGCAGCAAAUCAAGUCGGGGAAAAAACUAAAUUAUUAAAAAAGAAAAGGUUUUUCUUUCUUUAUUAGUUAAGAAGAAGCUCUGGUUCUGGUGUGGGCUUAACAAAGUUAGGAGAGGGGUUACGAAUCCUCGCUGUUUCUUCUCUCUCUCACACAAAUCAGCUCACCUUCUCUCAGCUGGUCAGACAAUAGGAGAAGAAGUCGUAAUCUGUAAAAUUCAUCUAUGGCGGAUGCGCGUGAUGAUCUAGCUGAAUCGCUGCAGAAUCUCUUCACGAGUGUAUCAUCCAUGGUGAAAUCCGAGCUCCAGGGAACGAACAAUCAACUGGAUCUGUUGGAGAAGAUGAAUCUGAGAGUUGCGUCGGAGUACGAGGAUUUGGGUGACGUGGCAGCUGGGCUCAGGGUUUUCGCGGAGCAGAUGAAGUCGAAAAGUGGCGGCUUGGAUGAAUUCGUGGGACAGAUGGACGCGAUCGAGAAACAAGUGUCCGAGUUUGAAGCUGUCGUCUCUGUUCUCGAUCGAUAUGUCUCUGUCCUCGAAUCCAAAAUCCGAGCUGAGUUUCGUCAUCGUCGUUCUAAUGACUCUGUCACUGGUUGAUUCGCCAUUGUAAUUAUCAAAAUAAUCAUCAUCAUCGUCGUGGCUUUUUUCUCUUCUUUUUUUUUUUUCCCCCUAACGUUACUGAGAGUUGAUGGUAUCGAAAUCUGGAAUCCUACCUAACGAAUGCUAUCUGGAUUUUUAUGAACCUUGAGCCUAUGUAGGAAAGACUCGUCUCCAUUCGGUUUGAGUUUUAACCAAACUGUUAUUACUGAUACGAGAGAUUGCAAUCUGGUUUUCACUCAGUGUCUGAACCAGAACAGUUGUUUUGUUUCUCUCUUAUGCACCUU